CCGUGGCUGGCUGUAGUGCGGUAUUGUGGCAAUGUGGUGGCUUGUGGGUCAUAUAAUUAAAAAUAAUAAUACGAAUACGCUGGUCAAAUAAAAAUAAUUCAUUUGUAAAUAAUAAAUAAUAUAAUAGUUAUUGUGAAAUUCAUUUGCCGCGUUGUAUGUACGCAGCUGCAGUGGUGUAAAUACCUAGUGUAUAAAAUUACCAAGUAUCCGAAUUUACUACACAUCAUUUAGCCGUUCAGGUACAGUUCGUACUUUAAAAUAUUUUUCGUUUUCAAUCAGAGUUAUAUCUAUAAUCUCAUAUAGUUAGUAAAUUCAACAUCUAUAUACUUAACGUGUUUUAAAAUUGUUAACCAAAAUAAGCCCAACACCUGCAAGCUAGUAGCUACAUUAUAUACGUAUAUAAAUGAGAUAGAAAUUAUACAUAGCUUAAAAUAUAUGAAAUAUUUUUAAAAUAAAAUGGCUACUCAAAUAGAAGAAACUCUGAAAAGAAUUCAAACCAGUGACGGUGUCAUCGGCUUCGUAAUAAUAAACAGCGUUGGCAUCCCAAUCAAAUCAAAUCUGGACGAUGCAAUGGCCGUUCGGUACGCCGGAUUAGUACAGCAGCUAAUCGCAACAUCAAUGGUAGUGAUCAAAAAAGGCGAUCCGACCGAUAAAUUAACGUACUUCCGGUUGCGUACCAAACAUAAUGAGAUCAUAGUAAUACCAGAUAAACAUUAUCUUAUGAUCGUAAUUCAAAAACCUACUGGCUCUAGAUCACCAAUGUGAAAUUUGCUAAAAAUUUGUUAUCUUAAUUAUUAUAAUAUAUGUAUAUAAUUAAAUAACUUAAAAAUAUUUAAAA